UCCAUUGCCAACCAAUGACCGUUUAUCGCUAACACUUAUUUCAAAUCAUCAAUGGCGUAUUUUAAAGUAGCUUUUGGCUUCCUAGUAACAGCUUUCCUGUCAGCCGCAGUUUCUCUGGCUCACCCUGGUUUGGGUUUUGGCUGGGGAGGUGUUGGUGUGCCAGGUGGUCAAUCUGGUGCACCUUCAUAUGGCCUUUUCCCACAGUUCCAUCAGUUUUCAUGCCCUCAAGCUGAGGACAUCGUCAUGUCAGUUCUAGAGAAGGCCAUAGCAAAAGAGCCUAGGAUGGCUGCCUCUUUGCUAAGGCUUCAUUUCCACGAUUGUUUCGUGCAGGGCUGUGAUGCAUCCAUAUUGUUGGACAACAGUGCGACCAUCGUUAGUGAAAAGAAUUCACUACCAAACAAGAACUCCGUUAGAGGCUUUGAAGUGAUUGAUGAGAUCAAAGCUAGACUAGAAGAAGCAUGUCCCCAAACUGUUUCUUGUGCUGACAUACUCGCAAUGGCUGCUCGUGGUUCCACUGUCUUGAGCGGCGGACCAUCUUGGGAGCUUCCACUUGGAAGAAGGGAUUCAAAGACAGCGAGCCUCAGCACUUCAAACAACAACAUCCCACCACCAAACUCCACUCUUCAGAACCUGAUAACACUUUUCCAACGUCAAGGCCUUGAUGAAGUAGACCUCGUUGCUCUCUCAGGAGGACAUACCAUUGGUGUAGCCAGGUGUGCGACCUUCAAGCAGAGACUCUACAACCAAAACGGAAACAACCUGCCAGACCAAACACUAGAAAGAACCUACUACUAUGGCUUGAAAUCUGUGUGUCCCAAAUCUGGCGGUGACAACAACAUUUCACCUUUGGAUUUCGGGUCCCCUGUAAAAUUCGACAACCUUUACUUCAAGCUUAUUUUGUGGGGAAAAGGACUGCUCAAUUCGGAUGAAGUGCUUUUGACAGGGAAUGUUGGAAAUACAAUGGAGUUGGUUAAAGCUUACGCAAAGGAUGAGAAUCUCUUCUUUAAACAAUUUGCCAAGUCCAUGAUUAAGAUGGGCAACAUUAGUCCUCUAACUGGUUUUAAUGGGGAAGUAAGGAAGAAUUGUCGCUUAGUUAACUAGGAUAUGAAUUAUGGUAUCUGGUGAGUCAUGUCUGACAGCAAAUUGUGUUGUUUUGCAAUGGUAAGCGUUGUUGAGUAACAUCCCUUAAUUUCAUUUAGAAACAAGGGGGGAAAAUGUUGUUGAGGAUGUAAGGUUUUUAAUGUUUAAUGAAUGAAUCAAAGUUUAUUAUUAUCAUAAA